UUGUUCCUCAGGGUCAGCUGGCAGCAGAGGUGCGUUGGGGGCUUUGAUGACGUGUCUGCGUGCCGCCCGGUCUCAGGGUGUUCUCAAGUCUGUGGAGAAGGAAUUGUGGGGUGGCCUGGUGCCGCUCCCACUAAUGCGACAGGCUCUGGUGCACAAACACGAUCAGGUGCGAAUGGAUGCUCUGGGUUUGGUAUGUGAGAGCCAUCGAAGCACAGAAACUCUGUCCAGACAGGAAAUAGAGCUGAUCCGCCACUUCCUGCCCUUUAAUCUAAACAGUCAGUCACCAGGAGUCAGACAGCAGACUGUCAGUCUGUUAAAGAAGCUCCUGUGUAGGGUGAAGGACAGCGCUCAGCUGCUGCAAAAGAAACUGGACCAGCAUCACAACCACAAAGACCAGCAAGUCUUCAACAUGUACCAGGAGUUUCUGCGCUGGUUCUGCGAGACUCUAUUCCAGGUGUUUCACCCAGGAGCCUCAUUCUCCAGGUGUCUGAUGGCUCUGCACCUGCUGGGGCUGAUCGCUGAGCAUUUCACCUUUAACACGGGCUGUGGUUUUGCUCUUGGAGAGUCAGUGAGCUUUUCUCAUGCUCAAGCUGUGCUGUACUGUCUUGCAAGCAACUUUCUUGAAGUCAAACAUCUCGCCUGCAACCUCUUACAAAAGCUGCCCCCCGCAGCAGUGCGACUCCAGGAGCCGGAGAGGCUGCAUUCUUUGCUUCAGGUCGCUCUGAACCUCAGCACCAGCACCAAACCUUUCGACAGCGUCACUGCCGCUCAUCUUCUCAACCUGCUGCUGCACCAGCCGGGUCUGCAGGAUGCGUUACUCCGCUGUAUCCAGAAGCAGCACAUCCCUGUCCAGCCACCAGCACUGAUCCAGUCCCAGACAUCUGAGGCUGCCAGUCUGGAGCAGAACACCCUGGCAGUGGUGCAGUGGCUGAUGGUGUGUCUGAAGGAAGAGGUUUUGAAGGCCGAGUCGUCUCUUCUGCAGGCCGCUGCUUCCUAUCCUUUAUAUGGCAGAGCUCACUGCAUCACUGCAGUCCUGCAGCAGCUCAACACUGGAUCACUUGUACUGCUGUCUGAGUGGAGGGCUGUUGUGUCCGAGCUCAUAGGCCUGUGCUACAGGAUGUCUGAUGUCGUGUCACCUGUGGUUCAGAGCUCUUCCCCUGAGGGCCUUAUUCCCAUGGAUACAGAGUCUGAGACCUCUGCUGGCCUCCAGAAGAUCCUGCAGGAGAUUCAACCUCGGGACACAAACGAUUUUUUCACUAGUGCAAGAGAGCUGGACCCCAGUGAGAGCGACUGUAACAGCGAACAGAAAGAGCCAGAGAACGCAGUUCAUAAACCACAAUCCUGUAACAGCGGUGGCGGUGAUGGAGAGGCCUAUCGAGUCACCGCUCAGAUGGUGCUGGUGUGUUGCUGGAGGACCAUGAAAGAGGUGUCCAUGUUGCUGGGUCAUCUGUGUCAGAGCAUGCCGCUGUGCUGUCCUCUCACACACGCUGACGGUAGAGGAGUCGUCACAGUGGACCAGGUGGAAGGUGUGGGGCAGUACUUUCGGGAGCAGCUGCUGCAGUCUCGUCACAGGGGGGCGUUUGAACUGGCCUACGUGGGAUUUGUUCGGCUCACUGAGAUGCUCUGCAGGAGUGGGAGCGCUACGCUGCAACAGCUGCCAGCACACUGGCUGAAGGAGGUUCUUGAGGAAGUGAAAUCCAGUGACCCCUCCUCCAAACUGUGUGCGACCCGCCGCAGUGCAGGAAUACCCUUCUAUAUACAGGCCCUGCUGUCCUCUGAGCCCAAAUCAUCCAGCUGUGGACUCCUGAAGAUGACCAUGAGAUCUCUGACAGCAUUGGCUAUGCCCUCUAAUGAUGCAGAUACUGAGAGCAGCUCUGUGCCACAGGUCCACGCUCUGAACAUCCUGAGGGCUUUGUAUCGAGACACACGUCUGGGGGAGAACAUUGUGCCGUUUGUGUCAGAUGGCAUGCAAGCUGCUAUCCUGGGUUUCACUUCUCCUGUGUGGGCCGUGAGGAACUCCUCGACUCUCCUGUUCAGCACUCUGAUCACACGGAUAUUUGGGGUAAAGAAGGGAAAAGAUGAGCACUCCAAAAAGAACAGAAUGACCGGCCGAGAGUUUUUCACUCGUUUUCCUGCCCUCUAUCCCUUCCUCCUCAGUCAGCUACAGGAAGCUGCAGCCUCUGUGAACAGUGAUUCUGGGCAGGUGAAGCUGCACCCCAGUCUUUUCUUGUUGCUGUUGGUUUUGGGUCGUCUCUACCCGUCUCCUAUGGAUGGUUCAUCAUCUCCUCUGGGAUUAGCUCCCUUUAUGCCCUUAAUCAUCAGGUGUGGUCGCGCUGCAGUGUACCGCACGCGUGAAAUGGCCGCGAGAGCCCUGGUUCCAUUUGUCCUGGUGACCCAAGUUCCCUCCACCAUCCAGACUCUCCUGGAGGAGCUGCCUCAAGAACCUGGACCAGGACUCCAACAAAACCACAUCCAUGGCACACUGCUUCAGGUGCUGUCGCUGUUACGUUCCUACCUGGCAGACACACACAGACCCCAAUCAGGAAAUGAGCAGGACUGUGACCUCUCCAGUGCCCUUUUUCCAUGGCUGUGGCUCGCCACAAGGCAGAAUCCAUGUCUGGUAACACGUGGUGCGUUUCUAGACCUGCUGGGCUGUCUUUGUGGUUGUCUUCCUGUUCCUGUAUCAGAGUCACAGCUGAAGAAACUGCGCGAGGAAACUCUGCAGAUUCUUAUGGCCUCUGAACUUGUGGCCCCUCAGGGGCCCAAUAACAUGAACCUCUCAGUUCCUGGAGCCACACAGUAUCUGCAGAGUCUGGCUCACAUAGCCGUGAGCGUCUGUGUGGAAUCACCUCACCUGUGGGAUUGUCCAGAGUCUGCCGGGUUUCAGAGAGACCUUCUGGAGCGACUGCUGCGGUGCCUGCACUAUGAGGUUCGGCUGUUUGUCCUGGAUCAGCUCCUCAGGAGACUUCAGAAGACAGAGGAAGAGUCUCAGCAUCGUGGUCAGGGACCCUUGCCCUUUGACCUCAGUGUGUCUAGCCUAACCUCCCUGGCCUUUCAUGAGACUUACCCUGGGUGUCAAGCCAAGGUUUUGCAGGUUCUCGCUGUCCUCCCUCUUUCUUCGCUGCUGCCCUGGAGAGAUGGGAUGACGUCUUUGAGCUGUCUGGAGGUUCUAGAGCAUCUCCUCACACUGCUGGAAACCUCUACACACAGUGUGGAGCUCUACUGUGCCGCUCUCUCCCUAACAUCUCAGCUGGUGCUGCACCUGGCCGAGUCAACGCCGCAGCAGGAUGUCAGUGAGGCUGCAGUGGUCUGUCUGAGCAGAUUGGGGGCGCUGGUCAUGCAGGGCUGCACUGAGGAUCAACCUGCAGAAGUCAAACUCAUGUCAGCAGAGGUGCUGGUGAAGGCCGUCCCCACCUUACUGACGGCUCCAGCCCUGCCUCUGGGUAUCACACACACUGUGGCACUAUGGAAGAGCCUGUUUACAUUAUUACAGGAUGAAGAUCAGGACGUCAGAGACGGAGCAGCUGACUUCACCUGCUACAUACCAGCCCAUUUACACAGCACAGGUGUUUCCACGGGUGCCGUCUCUCCUCCGGUUGCCCUGGAGAUGGGGGUGGGUCUUUUGUGCCAGCUGUUCCAGAUGUGGGACCAGGUGGCUGCUGGAAUGGUGAACCUGAUACAGUGGCUCCUGGGAGAUGAACAAUCGGAUACAAGGUGUGAAGAGUCACUGGACUUGGAUGAGGAGUUCCUCUUUGAGAAGGGAGAUCUUAACCUGUGGGCAGAGCCUUUGUUAUGGGCACGGAUGUUGCACAGACACCUCUCUGCCCUCGUAAGUGUGACACAUUCACCUGAUGUAAGCGCCGCAGAACUGGACCGACUAUCAGCCAUCGCAAAGAGCAAUGCCCUGGCGGCUCAGCAUUCGACGAAAGCCCUCCCUGCACUGCCCCAGUUUUCAGCCACCAUCGAGUAUGCCAAGAUAUCGCUGCGGAAAGAGAGAACGUCACUCGCUCUGAAUCUUCUAGAUACACUUAGAUCUUCUUAGAUGACUGUGAAAGAUAGAGAAAUUGAAAGGUGUCAUGCAUUACGAACCUAUUUUAAUCUCACAGUGGUUUUCCUGUUUAAGAGCUGAAUUGCAUGCAGGCAUGACCACAUACUUUUUUAAUUCAAAUAAAGUUUAUUACAUUCAUUUAACUGUGGGAUUACUUUUGUACAGUAAUGUGUGUUUACAAUACUGAGAAUGUGAGAGGUUUUAUUCAACUCAGCUGUGUUUUCAAUAUCACACCUUGUGGUAUUUGAGCAAGCUGUUGUAUUUUCUUAUGCAUAGCUUAACUGACAUUUUUUGCUUGCUCCUGUGUAUGUUAUGCAAUCUGAGCAAAACAGUCUGGUGUCCGUUUGCUAAGUAGACAGCUGGGCUGCCUUCAGGGGCUGUAGUAGCAAUGUUCCCCUUUUACUGUAAAAUGAUGUAAUGUUUUGGAAUGUCAGCAGCCUAUUCCUCACACACACACACACACACACACACACACAGGGUGGGUAAAAUAAUACAUACCGUUCUCCUCACCAGGAUCAGUUUUUUUUUUUUUUUUCAUUUAUGUGUAAAUGUGCUUCACUGAAACCA